CACAGAGGGUUAACCCGCCCCACAAUCCUCCGCGAAGCUGCAACGUAGCCGGAAGAUGGCGUCCGUACAGUGCGAGUGAUCCCGUCACACCGGCGGCCGUACAGCGACACAGAGGCAGCUCACCCGGACCUCGCAGAGCACGCACACCCGGAUACAGCAGACAUGGCGAGUCCUCGGACAAGAAAGGUACUGAAGGAGGUCAGAGCAGAGGAUGAAAACAAUACCUGCUUUGAAUGUGGAGCCUUUAACCCUCAAUGGGUCAGCGUCACCUAUGGCAUCUGGGUGUGUCUGGAGUGUUCUGGAAAGCAUCGGGGGCUUGGAGUCCACCUCAGCUUUGUGCGCUCUGUCACUAUGGAUAAGUGGAAGGAUGUGGAGCUGGAGAAGAUGAAGGCUGGGGGAAAUGGCAAGUUCCGUCAGUUCUUGGAGUCUCAGGAGGACUAUGACCCCUGCUGGAGUCUACAGGAAAAGUACAACAGCAAAACAGCAGCUCUCUACAGGGACAAGAUUGCUACAUUGGCUGAAGGUCGAGAAUGGUCCGAGGAGACUUCAUCUGCCAAGAACUGGACCCCUCCACAGCCUAAGAUGAUGUCUGGCUCGUCCCAUCGCUCAAACACCAGCGGCCUCAGUGGGCCCCCCCCUGGAGACAAAGCCUUCGAGGAAUGGCUGAAUGACGAUGUCAGUUCUUAUCAGAGUGGUGGGGGUGUCGGGAACCAGGAGAAUAGAUAUGUCGGCUUCGGCAACACUGUCAAUCCUCCGAAGAAAGAAGAUGAUUUUCUGAACAACGCAAUGACCUCACUGUAUACGGGCUGGAGCAGCUUUACUGUUGGAGCAAGUAAAUUUGCCUCAGUUGCAAAGGAAAGUGCCUCCAAACUGGGAUCUCAAGCAACACAGAAGUUUUGGGGAGGGAACAAGCAUCCCCCGGACUCGGCCUCUGAGCUAGGCCAGACCAUUAAUGAAAAUGUUGUCAAACCAGCCCAUGAGAAGGUGAAAGAUGGACGUAUCUUAGAUGAUGUCUCCAGUUCAGUUUCUAUUCUAGCAUCAAAGGUUCAGGGUGUCGGUUCCAAGAGCUGGAAAGACGUUACCUCAUUUUUUUCGGGCAAAAGUGAUGACGGCACGGAAAGCCCCAAUUCAGGAGAGGGCUACCAGCAGGGCAAUAUUGGUGACAGCUAUCAGAAUGCCACCCCAGGAAAAUCCUUUUGGGAGACAUUCGGUAGCUCGGAAGACAUAAAGAAGCCAACAAAAUCUCCUAGCGGGGACAGCUGGACCUUCCCUGAAAAUGCCACCGAGAGGAAGAGCUCUGACAGCUGGGAGGUGUGGGGGUCUGGGACCACCUCUAAUAACAAGAACAGCAACAGUGACAGCUGGGAGAACUGGGACAGCCACUGGGAAAAUGAAGGAAAGGGCAAGAAGGGUGGCCAGAGUCAGGUACCCGCUACAGAUGAGGGGUGGGACAACUCCAACUGGUAGAGAAGUGAGGGAGGGUAUUAGACAAGUUAUUGAACGCAAAGGGGAACCCAAUUUCCAAUUAUUUCAUCAUGAGUCAUAUGAGACAUGGCAGCUGCUGCUGUUUGUUCUGAGCGAGCUUAAUUCAUAAUCAGUGUUCAUCUCUUGAUAAUUGGAAAUCUGGAGCUCACCCGUCUGUUCAGCAUUGGCGCCCCAAGAGGUUCCUCCAGGAAUAAAGUCAUCUGUGGUUUGUGCACAUUAUAUUCUGCCUCCUGGUCGAACGUCACCCCUCUGCUGUCCUCCCUCUUGAUAUCCCCCACCUUAGUAUUUAUGCUUCUGGAAAGUGCCCCACGUUCCCUCUGCUUCCUCUCUAACCAUAUGUAGCCCCCUGUAUGUGUGGUAAUGUGCAGGGCCAUGCUCUGUGCAUCCAGUGGACAUUGUGCUUUUAUCCUCCAAUGUAUAAGUAGCUUGGAUGACUUCAGUAGUGAUUGCGGAAAGAUGUGACGUUUUACACCCCCUGUGCCCCCUUCCCCUGUAUACCUCAUUACAGCCUUUAACACAUUGUGCUGCUGUAUUCUCUCCUUUUAUACUGCUGUGUACCUGGGGUGCAGUACAAUCUCCCCAAAGUCAUAUUAUUAAUCUAUAUCUUCAUUGUUGACCCUUUAGGGUUCAGUCAUUACCAGUGACUCCAGAUUGGAGUCUGUAAUUCAUGUUCUUCCUCAUCAGAGGGUUUGGGCUCUUCCUCUUCUUACACCAUGCUUUACACUGCAGCUCUGAUUAGAUGCUGUGGAUUGGUAGCGCCUGGAAGGCUCAUUUUUAUCACAGCAAUGACUGACUGAUUAGAAUGGGGGUCAUUAGAUGUGAAGAGUGGACCUCCCAGCUGUAUCUUCAGAUCAUCACCACCAGUGGGGGAGUCAAGUACAUAGAGGCAGAUUUAUCAAAACCUAUGCAGAGGAAAAGUUGAUCAGGUCGCUGCUUUUAUUUUUCAGAGGUCUUUUUAAAACAAAAAUAAGCAACCUGGUUGCUAUUGGCAACUGGUCAACUUUCCCAUACACGUGUUUUGAUGAAUCUUACACAUAUCUUUAAUGGUGCUAGUGCCUCUGUGCUGGUACAGAUCCUUAUAGCAAGUGGUAAUGGAUGAGGUUUGUUAGUGCAGUUCCCCAUCCGCUUACAACUAAAAUGGCCAGUAUUGUCUUUGCUAUUUCAGACUUCACAGUUGGCAGGUUUGCACAGUCUCUGGUGGUCCACAGCAGGAAAAGGAGAGAACUUUCAUCGUUUUGUUGUUUUAUUCUACCUGAAGAGUCCCAUCUUCUUAAAAUCUAUCAUAGGUUUAUAGAAAUUGAUAUUUUGAUAAAAUUCUAGUUGUAGAAUAUUCAAUAAACCUCAGUAGAGCCGGCUGGAUCUGAACUACAAUUUCUAACGUGCUCUAGUAGCUGAAAACAUUGGCUUAAGCUAUGGGAUGGCAAUCUGCAAACUAGAGCUCUCCAGUGGUGGGGGAACUACAACUCUAAGCAUGCUGUGACAGCUGAGCUGGAUGUCAUGGUGUCGGCGCUGCCAAAGAGCCACAGAUUGCUGUUCCCUCCUCUUGUCCAUAGAACAUUCCAUUUAUUUAUGUGACAAGGAGCCGGACGGCUUUUUAUCGUGUUAAAGUUUCUAGAAAUGUUCCAUCCCUCGGCUCUCGGGGAAGGGAAUGUCUCUGUGCAAUACGUUGCUGGUCUCUAAAGGGUUCAGAUGUCAUGUAUAUUUAUUAUCAAAUGAAUUGCUCCGAAUAAAAUGUGACCGGCCUCCCCUGUA